AUGAGCCCCAGAAAAGAUUGCAUUCCGCAUGAGCUGCGCACCGCUGCUGAGCCGCGCCAGAACAAGCUCCACACGGUGCGCCUGACGCAUAUUGAGCAGAUCAAUCCGACCGUCCGUCUGCUCCGGCUGACGCUGCCUUCCUCAUCAACGUCGAGGGAUGAAUUCAAUCGCAUGAAUUACGAAUUUCAAACUGACUUCUGUUCACAGUCGAGUCAACAGCACCAAGAACCCUUCGCCUUCCUCCCCGGCCAAUGGCUAGACGUGCACAUUCCCUCGAUCCCCCAGGCCGGCGGAUUCACCAUCACUUCCACACCCGCAGACGCCCAGUUUCUUCCGUCCCCGGAGCCAGUGCUCCAGACGGGUUCAGACCCGCGGUCUACAGACGCAGAGGGCAUUGCGCCCACCGACGCCCCCAGUGGGAGAUUGCCGUAUGUGGAGCUGGCGGUGCAGAAGGCCCCGUCGAGCCCUCCAGCUGCAUGGCUCUGGAGGCCGGAAGAGGAAAUCAUGGGGAAGGAGUUGAAUGUCCGCGUCGGAGGCAGCUUCAUCUGGCCCCCGACCGAUAUCGCGAUUGAUCAGAUCCGCAAUGUUGUCUUUGUGGCGGGCGGAGUGGGCAUUAAUCAGUCUGCUAACGAAUCCAAUUUUCUCGGGAAAAGCCCUCUCAUCGCCAUGCUCUCCCACCUCAGUGAAAGAGAGUCCUCUGACGCGCCCACUUCCCUACCCCUGCCGGACAAGAACCGGAACGACCCCCUGUCAAUCCACUUCCUAUACUCGACUCGCCUUCCAUCAGAGAAGACAACAUCAUCUUCCGGCCAUCAGCAAGGCAGGACCGACCUCAACCAUUCCACCCUCCGCCAGAUCCUCUUCCUGCCGCGACUGCGCCAGAUCGUCCAACGCGCAUCCUCGCAGCCCUCCAACCUGCACAUCUCCCUCGACCUGUUCCUCACCAAUCUCCCUUCCAACGCAUCCGCGGCCUCGGCCGUAAAGAUGCUCAGGGACGGAGACAGGGAAGGAGACGAGGACAAGGACGGGAACAUCCGCGUGUACCCGAGACGCAUCACCCACGACGAUCUCCAGACCGCCGCUACGACCAACACCAGCGGUAGCGACGAGGUCAUACCGCCGGAAAACACGGUCUGCUAUGUAUGCGGUCCGCCGCCGAUGACGGAUGGAUUUGUAGAGUUCCUGCGCGGAAUCGUCGGGGAGAAGAGAGUGUUGUGUGAGAAAUGGUGGUGA